AUGGACACCACUCUCACGAGUCUCUCGUCCAAAGCUGGGGUCAUACUGUUGGCAAACAUGGAGAUUGUGGAGGUUGUGUCUAUGUUCUCUAUCGGCGCUUACAAUGCCCUUGAAAUUGCGAUCAUCACUUUCAAUGCAUUUGACAGAUAUCGCGGACUGUACUUCUGGAGUAUGCAGGUCGCCUCGUGGGGCAUCGUGCUGCACUCCAUCUCGGCCAUGGUCCGGUUUGUCUCCCAGGCAUCUGGUCUUGCAAUGUCAAUCCCAUUCUUGCUGGGUUGGUGCGCCAUGGUGACUGGUCAAGCUGUUGUGCUCUACUCACGGCUGCAUUUGGUGGUUUUCGACAGAUACAAGAUGCGCUGGACUCUGUGGAUGAUCGUCCUCAAUGCAGUGAUCUUGCAUAUCCCAAUGAGCAUCUUGUUUCUUGGCAUUGGCUAG